AGGCUGUGCAAAUGGGCACUGUUUGAGCUGCAGUGAUGCUCCCUUUCAUUUGCUUUUAUUUGUCCCAUUGAAUUUGUGUUGCAAUGAGCAUCUUCUGAAAUUUUUUGGCAGGGAAAUGAAGGAAGUUCCUCAAUCUCCUUGUGCUGUCGGUAAUACCCAGGAUAUGGCUAUUUCAGCACAUCACAUUAGAGCCACAAGUGUGGGAGGUGGCCUGUGCAGGAGGAAGGCUGUGUUUGUGGCCACACUGGUAACAGGGACCCUUGGAGAAGAGUGAUCCUCUUGUAGAGAUGAUGAAUGACCAAGGGAGAGUCAGCCCUGGAACUGCAGCCCCGGCAGAAGAGAGAAGCUGCUCCUGCCUGAACAUCUGGCUCUUCCUCAUUUUUGCCCUUGCCAUCAAAGCUGCCUUGCUGACCAUCUGCCUUGGUGGGUUCCAGGGUCUCUUAAUUCCCGUUGGGAUGAAGGCCUCAGUGGUUCCCUUCUGGCCCAGCAGUGAGCAGCCCACAGCCCUGCAGCAGCAGUUCUCGGAGUGGAAGUGCGACUCAGCGGUGCCACGAGGCACAGACCGAGGCUGGACGUGCUGCCCAAAGGGCUGGAGAAGGUUUCAGAGAAACUGCUAUUUCCUGUCCCCUGAUAAGAUGAACUGGGCUGAGAGUGAGCAGAACUGCACUGGGAUGGGCUCCCAGCUGGUGGUGAUCAACAGCAAGGAAGAGCAGGUUUUCCUCUCUGAUCAGAUAAAACAGUCUAAAGACCCUAAACCAGACAAUGUCUACAUUGGUCUGUUUGAGGACAAGACAGGCCAGUGGCAGUGGGUGGACAAGACUCCAUACAAUGUGACAGCAGCGUUCUGGCGACAAGGAGAACCAAGUGAAGGCCGUGAUGAGAACUGCGUUAUAAUCCAUAGGGAUACAGAACUACUGAACAACUGGAAUGACGCCAGGUGUUUGAAGUUUCAUUGGAUUUGUGAAGCUGCAGCAGUAACUGUGUGAUGGAAAUAUCCUUGUCCUGAGUAAAGCUGGGAGCUGAGCAGUGAGCUGGGAACAGCACUGGCUGAUCUGGGAGGAACGUGGAGCUCUGACACAUCUUCACUGUGCGGGGUGGGACCAUUCCAAGUGAAAUGAGCUUUGUCCAGCAUGCCCACUGCUGGCUUAUGUGGUAGCUCAGGUAACAGAGGAAGGCUCAGGCUGAUCAAAGCAGGUCCUGUUUUCUUGUGUCCUCUUGUCUCUGAGUGGAUUCAGGAACCUCUGGCUGAAAAGAGAUGGACUUGUCCAGGAGGAAGACACAGGAAUGGAAGACAGAUAUCCAGAGAGUCAAUGUCCUUGUUUUCCUUGUGUAGAGCUGUUUGCUGUUUGUUGAGUCACACACAAAAUGUCCCCUAGCUGUACUGGUUUUGCUGAACAAAUUCUGAAAACUUAGACAAGAGAAAAUACAGUAUCACACCAAUGGAAAAAAGACCUGUGCUCUGUAUGCAUAUCUCUCUUUCCUUUUCCAUCCCUAAGAUGUGGGGGCAUAAUCUGUGAAUCAUGGAAUGGUUUGGGAUUGGAAGGGACUUUUAAGGAUGGUCGAGUUUCAAGCCCCCUAGGUCAUGGGCAGGGACACCUUCCACUAGACCUGGUUGCUCAUUCGGCCCUGCCCUGAACAUUUCAGGGAUGGGACAUCCCCAGCUCCUAUGGGCAGCUGGUUCCAGUGCCUCACCUACCUCACAGUCAUGUAUUCUUUCCUAAUAUUUAAUCAGAACCUGCUCUCUGUCCAUUUAAAGCCAUUCCCCUUUUUCCUAUCACUACACUCUUGUGCAAGAAGGCCCUCCCAACAAGGCUAUUUCCAGUGCUGUAGUAUUGACACUUGCAGGGCUUUGCCUUCUUUCCUCAGGACACAGUCAAUAACACAAGCAGAUGUGAAGAAGUGUCACAGGCAGCUGUGAGCAAGCUUUCAGCAGCAGAGACUUGUGGUGGUAUCAGGGACCUGGAGAAGUGCAGGGCUGCAAAUAUCCUCCCUUCCCUUUCCUGUGUCCCUGGGCUCUCAAGCUUCUCAGUGCAGAUGUGCAUCUGACACAGAACCAGCUCCUUCUGUGAUGCCACCUGAGUUAAUGUUCCUUGGUGUCCUGGGUUGGGAACAUGACCCCCGUGCUCUUCCCAGCCUCUCUGGGGCUGAGAUGCUUUUCCCCUCUUCCACUGCUUUUUCCCCCUCUUCCACUGCUUUUUUCCCCUCUUCCACUGCUUUUUUCCCAGUUCCAAGCCUCACCUUUCCUCACAACUCCUACUUAACCUAUUUAUUUACACCAUUUUUCUCUCUCUGCCUCAGCCUCCUCCCAUUCACUGAUGGCUCUGCGGGAGCCCAGUGCUCUGGCUGUGAGCACAACACCACAAUUUCCUUCUGUCCCUAAGUCACACAUGUAGAUUCAGAGUCAGUGGCCUUCCCUGGAGACCCACGGCCAGACGGGUCUUCUGUUUUAGGGAGUGUUUUGGGGAUCAAACUCAUCCUUGCAAAGCAGCAUUCUAACCACUUUCCUCAGAGUUUCUUUUUAUAAAUAUUAUUUUCAUUUUCAUGAUGACUUUCUUCUCCACUGUGUAUUUGCAUGCAUCUGCCUUCUAAGGAUUUCAUCUUCUCUGGUUUUGAGUUCAUUUCUCUGGUUCCCAGAUCACUUGUCCUCCCAGCUUGUCUCCUGGCUUCUUGGCUUGUCCCUUCUCAAGUUGUCAUGGCAAUUUCUGGUCUUUGACCUGUUGUUAACUUUUCCUCCCCAUAGGGCUCUGUCUUUGCAUUAGGGGAAUGAAAAAGUCCAUGCUUUGCCUCCUUCUGAACACAGCCUGAAAAACAGGAGGGAGAGCAAAAGAAACACAGUGGUGCUCCACCUCGGUGAUCUGACUGUGUCCUCUCACUUCAUGGAGUGGCUCUCCCUCUUCCUUGAGAGUUCUUCCUGCACGGGAGCCCUGGGGUGAGCCUUUCUUCCUGAAACAUGCAGGGGAUGAUCCCCCAUGGAGCCAGCUCCUGCCUGGCCUACCAUGCUGUCAUUUCAAGAAUGGCUUGUAGUGCCAGCACAUCCUCCUGGCCCUGCAAGUGAGGGCCUCUCCACCUGUAGCCUAGGAACUGUGCUCUGCAGUGCACAGCUUCCCCAGCCUGGGGUGCUGGACCUGCCUCUGCCCAGAGACCUCCUUGGCACUUCCCUGUGCAGGGCCUUUGGCACCACUGCCAGGGGUUUCUGGCUUUUGCCCUGCAGGACUCCCCUUUAGGCCUCCCCUCUGCAGUAACUCUUAGCACACAAGCAGGACAAGGAGCAGAGUUCCCAUCUUCCCUGCUCCACACAAGAGCCAUCCCAGCACAGGAAGGUUAUGCCUGCCCUGGUGAAGCCAGCUGGAGGUGCAGAGCCCCUGAAGGACAGAGCUGUCCAGCAGGUUCCUCUGCUGCCUGUGCACUCCUGGGGUCAGCCUGCGGUGAGCAGCAGCCCCUGCCGGCUCUGGACACAGAUCCCUUGCCAUGGCUGUAGGAAGAAGGCAGGGUUCCAUGUAGGAUUGCUGCCCCUAGGAACAGAGCAGGAGGGGAACAAGGGUGAUUUGUCCUGGGAGUUUGGGAUGAAUCAGGAUCUGGAAGAGUCUUGUGUCCAUGGGCCUCUGAGACCCCAGGUCCUGGGGCUCAUCCUUUCCUGCAAGCAUUGACAAGGCUGUGUUGGAGGAGAACACAUCUCCACUUCCAGAGCCCUGGGGAUCUGGCUGAUGUGAAAGAUGGAGCCUGUAUUGUAAUCCUCCAGAAGGCAGGAGGACAGCAGGGCUUUAACCAUCUCCCACAGCAAUGAGAGCCCUUGUCUCCAAAUAACUGAAACUGAAGCAUAAAAUGCCUGAUGGAGGAAGUCUCAUCCUGAGGCCAACAGGGAGGCCAGCAGUUAGACACAGAGGAUGUUUGAAAUGGGUGUGAAUGCUGCAGAUUCAUCCCUACUCUGCUGAGAGGGAAUAUUGUGUGGAAGACAAUAGUCAGGCAGUUGGUACCAUUCCUCCCUUCUCUGCUCUGAACAGUUCUAACUCAGCCUCCCUUCAUGUGAAGGAGGCUCAUCCCAAAGAUGCUCCAUUUGACUUGUCAAGGCCUAGGAAGCUUCUCGCAGUUAUUCCCACCUGGCAAAGACUGGCUUUGCAAUGAGAUGGGCUAUUUGCUGUCGCUUAUUAGGACACAUGGUCAGUGAUAUAUGGUCAGCUGCCUGAGGAACAAGCUGCAGAGAACAAUCCAGCAGUGUUCCCACACCUUUGGGGACUCUCCAGAAAAAAGGCCACAUUCCCGCUCUGUCUUGGGCACGUUCACUCUGUGCCCUCUAUUGCUGGCCAGCUGAGACUGGAGGUGCUGCACAAUGGGCUGGAGAGGCUCUUGAGGUUGUUGCUCCCACAUAUUGGCUAAACAGAUGUCUUGGAAAACAAGGACACAGGCUCCCACAGGGUGGUGAUCAAUGCAGAAGCACAUCAUUGAAGUGGGAGUCUUCCUAAGGGAGUCUUGCAAACAAAUGCUCAAAUUGUCCAGUGUUUGCCCUCCUGAAGCCUCUGGUUGUGACCCUGGCUUUUGCCCUGCUGCCUUCUCACAUGAUCCUGAAACCCAACAUCUCAGAAUUACUGCAGACAAGCUGGCUGCAUCCCAUCCUCUACAUCCCCAACAGUUCUGCCUCACUGGUGAGAAUGAGAGCCAGCAGAGCCCAUUGCAUCCUUGGGUCCUGCAUAACCUGUCUCACAAAGUCCCAUGAAAAGGAACCUCCAGUGUCCUCCUGGAUUUAUUUCAUC